GUUAGUUAUUUCGCAGACAAAGUUUUAUGUACCUAAUUUAUAACAAGUGAAAUAUUUGAAAUUUGGAUAUUUAUGAAAUUCAACUUAAUUUCUUUAGAUUGAUAGUAAUAGUAAGCAGUUUUUGAGUUGUUGCUCGUAUACUUAAUUGAUUAGAUCUAUUAUUUUGUGUUAACCAGUUUAAGUAAUAACUUUUUAAGUUUACACAACACGAAAAUUUGAUUCACUUUAAAGUGGAAAAGUUCCGCGUGCAUGUUUUACCUUCAGCGAAGGUUGGUUCGGACGAAAUAUUAGUUUUCAUUUAGUUUAAAUUAAUUGAAAAAUAAAUAAUAAUGACAAUGGAUACAGCAAAGUUGGAAAAAAUGAAAGUUGCCGAACUCAGAAAUGAGUUGCAAAUUCGUGGCUUAGAUACAAAAGGUGUUAAAGCUGUACUUAUUGAACGGUUGAAAGCCGCCAUUGAUAAUAAAACUCCUGUUGAAGGGGGCACUUCUGAAAUCACUGAAAUUUCAACACCAAGCAGGCGAAGUAGAAGAACUCGUUCUAUGACGCGUUCUCCGUCACCAUCCCCAGUUAAAAAAACUGAGCCAACGCUCGAACCGCUAAUUGAAGAAGACAAAACAGAGACCAUAACGUCAGAAUUGAAAGACGAUGAAGAUACUGUUAAAUCUGAAGAGAAGUCACAAUCAUCUAUUGAAAAAGACGAAGAUGAAAAACUAAACAUUGACGAAGAUGAACAAAAGAACGAGGAGGAUGUGGAAAUGAAUGAGGAGGAUGUAGAAAUGAAUGAAGAUAAUGAAGUUGACGGUCCAUGUGCUAAGACCGAAAGUAAUGACAAAUCGUCAACUUCUGUUUCUGAAAGUCUUUUAGAAAGUAGUGAAUCUGACAAGAAAAAAGACGAGACGAUGGAUGUCGACAAGACUCUAGAAAUAAAAAAGGGAGAAGAAUCUCCUAAAGUUAAGGUUUCUAAAGAAGAAGAUAAGGAAAAACUUUCCGAGAAAAAAGAAAAACGUUUAAGCCGGAAGAGAUCUCAUUCAAAGUCUAGAUCUCGAUCCAAAUCAAGAUCAAGAUCUAGAACAAGAGAUCGAAGUCGCAGUAGGUCACGGUCGAAAAAUUCACGUUCCCGAUCUCCAAAUGUCAAAAGAAGUACAAGUCGAUCUAAAAAUGUAGAUGAGUCGAUAAAUGAAGAGGAUGAACCAGUAAUUGAAGACAAGCAAUUUGGCCUAAGUUGGUUUGAUUCCGAUUUACAUCUUACAAUUGAUCCAGUGACCUUUACUUCGGCGAAACCAAUGUUUCAAGACAUAUAUUCUUUAGUAUGGUCUGGAGCUCGCGCAAACUACGGAGUACGUGAAGGAAAAGUUUGUUUUGAAGUGCGCUUGGCUGAAGAGACAACUACUAAUCAGUUUAAAGAUGAACCUUUUAUAAGAGGCUUACGUUGUGGAUUUUCAACGACAAAGACCAGUCUCAUGUUGGGAGAAGAGGAAAAUUCUUUUGCUUAUUGUGAAAGUGGCAAAAAAGCUUUGAACAAAGAAUUCAUGGAUUAUGCUAAACCAUUAAAAUUAGAUGAUGUUGUCGGUUGUUAUUUGGAUUUAGACAGCACGCCUUGCACUAUUCAGUUCACUUUAAAUGGUGAAGAACAAGGAACGGCAUUUGAAUUCAACAAAGAAAUACUCGAAGAUGAAGACGCUCUAUUUCCUCACAUCCUUAUAAAAGGUUACGAGGUUUCAGUAAACUUUGCUGACAGUGAGAACCUGCUCGGUAAUGUGGAACGUCCAAAACGUAUGCGGAAAAGAGAAAAUCCUCGCAAAGAUAGCUGCAAAUCCGAGGAAGCCAGCGCAAAGGAUAACAGUAAUACUGAGGAUAAUUGGGAAGUGGUAGAUGAAGCUAAAAUGGACGACAAUGAGAAUGAUGAUGAAAAGAAGGAAGAAAGUGUCACAGAUGACAAAGAAUCCAAUAAGGGUGAAGAAAAAGAAAAUGAUGAAGAAAUAUCACAGAAAGACGUAUCCGUUGAAGAAAAAGUCGACAAAGAUGAAGACAAAGAAGAAAACAAAGAAGAUAACAAAGAAGAAAACAAAGAUGAAUCUAAUGAAAACAAAGAUGAAUCUAAAGAAAACAAAGAUGAAUCUGAUGAAAACAAAGAGGAUAUCAAGGAAGAUGAAACGGAAUCUUGCUCAAAUCCUACUAAAAAUGAAGAAAAGGAGGAUGAGAAGAAUGAAGAGAACAAUAAGGCAUUGGCUGAAGAUGCAAAAGAAAAUGGACACGUAACUUCAGACACCAAUAAAAAAAGUAGGAAUUCGAAGGAUUCGAAUCCUGAUUAUGUUAUGGAGGAAAUUGAGCCUGAAGAGAGGGAGGAAGUUAUUCUGUUAUCUGGGUAUGAAUUAAUUGCCCUAACGCCAGAAGAUAAAUUCAUUAGCGGUCCACAAAGACCUGAUAGUCGCAAGGAAUGUGAAGUUUACCUUUUAGUUGGAUUACCUGGAUCAGGAAAAACCUACUGGGCUCUUAACCAUAUUAAAGAAAAUCCCGAGAAGCGGUAUCACACCAUAGGAGCUGAUGACCUAAUUUCGAAAAUGACGAUUGAUGGCAAACCUCGAAAACCUCUUCACAAAGGCAAUUGGGACAAAGUGUACGAAUUGUGUUUACAAAGUUUAUCCGCACUGGAAGAAAUAGCAACUAAAAGACGUCGAAAUUACAUUCUCGAUCAGACAAAUGCAUUCGCAUCUGCACAGCGACGUAAAAUGAAAGGUUUUGGAGACUUCAAACGCAAUGCUGUUGUAUGCAUACCAACUGAAGAAGAAUUAAAAAAGCGCAACCAGUUGAAAACAGAGGCAGGCACUGAAAAUACAAUUAAAGAAUCAACACUUAAUAACUUAAAAGCGAGUUUCACCUUACCAUCACUUGAAUUUGGUUGGUUUGACAACAUCAUUUAUACUGAUUUAAAGGACGAUGAAGCCAAGGAUGAAGUAAAGCGUUACAACGAAAAAGGCAGCAAAGAUAUUGAUGCCUCGCGUGACAAACGACCCCGUCGUGAUAAUCGGCAACGUGAUGACAGACGACGGUACGAGGAUCGUCGUCGUGACGAUUUCAGAGGUUCCCGCUGGAAGGGCAACAACCACGAUCGCCGCGGAAGUUCAGGAAAUCGUUGGGGUCCACCAUCCCGUGGAUCAUCUGCUCCUUGGCGCGAUGAUCGGGGAUAUGGUGGAGGCGGUGGCAGUCGAUCAUAUGACAAUCGCAAUAACAGAUACAGCAGUGGAGGUUCUCAAAAUUGGGUUAGCAAUAAUCGCAAUCGGUAUGAUGAUCGAUUUAGUGGUCGCUCAGGAGGAAACAGUAGCGGUGGAGGUGGUAGAAACUAUGAUUCAUACGGUGGUGGAUCAAGAGAUUACAGAGACCGCGGUCGGGACCGUAAUGGAGACGGAGGAGAGAGCGGAAGUCGUCGCGAAAGUAAUUAUCGUUCAGGAAAUAAUCAGCGGGAUUUUCGGUCUGGCCACCGCGACAAUCGUAUAGAAGAUAGUCGCGGUGGCUUUGAGCGAUCGAAGUACUCUUCGAAUGAAGAUGGCUAUGGCUAUCAUAAGUCAAGUGGACAUCAAAAUAGUUCAUCGCAGAGUAAAUGGGGUCAAAUGCAGGGAAGUGGAAAUUGGGUAGGUCAGCAACAAAUGCAACAACAUGAAUAUUGGAGUUACGAUCAAUCACAAGGCUAUGGAAACCAACAGCAAGCACAAUGGCCAAUAAAUAGUGCUGAUCCCAGGCAACAGCAGUGGGCCAAUUGGUACCAGAACAACCCACAGCAACAACAGCAAAGCACCAUGAUUCCUGAUAAUACCAAUCAACAAUAUUGGUCCCAGUACUCAUAUCCCAACCAAGGCGGCACCACCGUUAUGAGCUCGCAUUCCUCCGUGGAUGGAUCUUUAAAGAAAUAAAAUUAGCAGAAAAGAUCAAAAUCAGCGCUCAUUAAAAAUAUCUUAUAGAAAUUUAUUCUGUAUAUUUUUAAUAUUCUAACAAAACACUAAUAUACACCUAAAAAAAUUGA